UACAAACGUUUCCCUGCUUCGUCUGCGAGGAGAAGCUGAAGUGUCCUGGGGCCUUCGCCAACCACGUCCGUCACCACUUCUUGGAGUUUCAGAAGCUCAGCGGCCACCCGCUGGGCCCGUUCCGAGGAAGAGGCCGGGGGUUCAUGGGCUGGGGGAUGAGACAUCGCGGGGGGCUUCCUGCCUUUCCUCCUCAUGUCUUCUUCCCAGAUUACGAGGGCGGCAACGGCAGCAGCGACGAAGGGACCAGUGGGCGAGAGGGCCGCGAAUGUCCUGUGUGCAAGGUCAAACUUCCGAUGGACAUGAGCGAGGAGGAGUUCGAAGCCCACGUUUGCGCUCACCAGGACGGCGAGUCUUCCAGCCUCAAGUGCGAGAUCUGUGGCAAGGAGUACAUGGCACGCGCCUCCCUGUUGCGCCACAUGCACACACACUCCGGCACGCUGCCGCUCAAGUGCAACAUCUGCGGGGAGCGGUUUCUGGAAAGCCGCGAGCUGACGCGUCACCACACGCACACUGGACAGGUGGCCUACACGUGCGCCGAGUGCGGGGCGGGCUUCACCUUGAGGUCUUCGCUGCUGACCCACACGCGCUCGCGUCACACUGGCGAAAAGCCCUUUUCCUGCCCCUCGUGUCCCAAAAGGUUCGCAUCCUCAUCGCUCUUGAGCCGCCACCGCGCGCGAUGCAAGGGGAGCUUGCUCAAUCAUAGCAGUCCUGCUUCGGAUGGGACCGAGACAGGGACACAAGGCUCCGAUACCAGGUCUUCCAUGGACCCAGACGCUAAUGAACGAUUUUGAUCGAUGAAUUCUGGACAAUUAUUUUCUUUUCGUGUCACUGGAUUAAGUCGAUUUUAUGUGCAAUCCAUGCUGAAGAAAAGCCCUCACCUCAGUCUCAGGAAACCUGUUACAAGAAAUGCGCUUUCUGCUCUCUUUCCAUAUGUAACAUUAUUACAUAAUUUAUUACAUUAGACCAAAGUUCAGGUUCGUUCGUUUCUUUGUCUUGAAAUAGUGCUUUUCACCUGUACAAUAUUGUACGAGUGACGUUGAAUGGAACUGUACCUGUGAUGCUAAGGGAGCCAGUAUUUGUUGAUUCCUAAGAGAUGAUUGAAUUGGGUCUUUCACUUAUAAAAGUUUAUGCACCACGAAGAGGUUAGUACAGACUUGCACUUAGUGUUGUGCGUAAAAAGAUGAAGAAGAAAAAAAGCCCGUUAAUAACAACAGUCAGUGUUGUGUACACGACCUCUUCAAUACACACCUGGGGGGAAAUGCGCAUUUGUUUACAAGAUUAGGGUACGUGUUAAAAAAAAAAGCUUUAUUGCUGCAAAGCUUUCAUAAAUUAUAUGUACUGAUAUAUUUCAAUAAUAAUGUGUGUUUACUUAAUUGCGCUUUAAGUUGAUUGUUUAUUUAACUCAUGUCAAACGCGCGCGCAUAUGCACAGUUUUCUCUCUAUAUCUUUACAUAUAUAUAUAUUCCAAGAAAAGAUAAAUGAUUUUCCAUGAAGUAGGUGAAAAUGUAACAAUAAGAAAUCCACAGAUGUAUGCGAAUGAAAGCUACAAGGAUACCAGUUUUUAGACAUUUUAAUUUAUUUCACUGAAUUUUUUGUGUUUCUGAAAUAGAAUUGUAUAUAAGCAUUCGAAGUUUAAUAUAACAAGUUUUGAACAAUGUCUUUACAUUUGUGACUAGGGAAUCCACACCAAUAUUUGUAUUAUUUCUUGUGAUUUUAAUGAAGAAAUAUAAUUAAGGUAUUGUUCAGACUUUCUUGCGAGGUUUAACUUUCUGAUCAAUGUAUGUUUCCUUUUAGAUAUAUUUUGGUUUGUUUUAUUGUAUUACAAUGUUAUGCUGGUAUACUUGUUCCCCCACACGACCUCUGUGAUUAAUUGCAACCUAUCAAAGAUUCAGGCUGUGAUCUACUUAAUAGACUUUCCAUGUCAAGUUAGAUAAAAUCGAAGAAGUGUUAAAACAUUAG